AUAGAGAAUACUAAUAAUUUAAAAAAAAAAAAGCAAAAUAGCAGAGGGGGAGUGAGUUUGUGAUCUGGUUUGGAAAACGUUCAGUCUGAAGUUGAAGAACAGAGAAGUGAGGAGCAGAAUUCAGCAUUUGAAUUGAAUUGAAGAGAGAUUAGAAGAGAAUAAUCGAGAUGAGUCAAAGCGGAGGUGGAUCUCACUCGCUGGCGUUUCGCGUUAUGAGGCUAUGCCGGCCUUCCUUCAACGUCGACCCUCCCCUCCGCCUCCACCCCUCCGACCUCUUCGUCGGCGAGGACAUCUUCGACGAUCCCCUCGCCGCCUCUUCCCUCCCCCCUCUUCUCUCCCCCGCCACCUCCUCCCCUUCCCCCGACCCCAACUACCGCUACCGCUUCCUUCUCCACCACUCCUCCGACGCCAUGGGCCUCUCCGCCCUCCUCGUCCUCCCUCAGUCCUUCGGUGCCAUUUACUUAGGAGAGACAUUCUGCAGCUACAUCAGUAUUAACAACAGCUCCACUUUUGAAGUCCGUGACGUUAUUAUCAAGGCUGAGAUUCAAACAGAGAGACAGAGGAUUCUUCUUUUGGACACAUCAAAAUCUCCAGUUGAAACGAUACGUGCCGGUGGCCGUUAUGAUUUUAUAGUGGAACAUGAUGUCAAGGAGCUUGGACCUCACACGCUGGUCUGCACCGCAUUGUACAACGACGGUGAUGGUGAGCGUAAAUACCUUCCCCAAUUCUUCAAGUUCAUUGUUGCUAACCCACUAUCUGUGAGGACGAAGGUCCGUGUUAUCAAGGAAACUACCUUUCUGGAAGCUUGUAUUGAAAACCAUACAAAGUCAAACCUUUUCAUGGACCAAGUCGAUUUCGAACCUGCACAGAAUUAUACUUCGGCAACUCUUAAAGGUGAUGGGCAUCAUUCUGAGAGAGAAAGUCUUAUAAGAGAGACAUUUAAGCCUCCAAUAUUGAUUAGAUCUGGUGGAGGAAUUUACAACUAUCUCUAUCAAUUAAAAUCAUCAGCAGACAAUUCUGCUCAAUUAAAGGUUGAGGGAAGUAAUGUUCUUGGUAAGCUCCAGAUAACAUGGAGAACAAAUUUGGGGGAACCUGGUCGCCUGCAGACCCAGCAGAUAUUGGGGACUCCAACAACAAAGAAGGAGAUCGAGUUGCAGGUUGUGGAGGUUCCGUCUAUCAUUAACCUUCAAAGACCAUUUGUGCUAAAACUGAGCCUUACAAACCAAAUAGAUAGAGAGAUAGGCCCAUUUGAAGUAAGCUUAUCUGACAAUGGAUCAUAUGUAGAGAGAGCUGUCAUGAUUAAUGGCCUUCAAUCAAUGGUUGUACCACAGGUUGAGGCUUUAGGAUCCACAGAGCUCCACCUGAAUCUCAUAGCUACUAAAACUGGAAUUCAGAGAAUUUCAGGCAUUACAGUGUUUGACUCUAAGGAGAUGAAAUCUUAUGAACCACUCCCUGAUUUAGAGAUUUUUGUGAACAUGGAUUAAUAUUUUGGAUGGGAAGUGGUUGUCAUUGCCAUUUUUAAUCUUUCUGGAACAUUGGUCAGCUGCACUUCAAAAAUCAUGUUUUGUAUCAUCAGUAGGUAUCUUGUCAGAUCAGCCAUGUCCUCCAUUGCUGACUCUAUGAUGCCCAUAUGCUUAGAUUCUAUUCCAGCUAUGGCCAACAACUCUAGCCUCUUCAUCAAACCACAAUUUGUUCAAGGUUGCAUUUUUUGAAAGGGAUGGGUUCUUGCUUUUGUAGGUUAAAGGAACUACUUUUUCCCCCCUAUUUCAAUGUCAUUAAAAACCUUAAUUCCUGUAACUCCUUACUUCCUUGUACAUGGUGUACAUCAUGAUUUUUCUGAUAAUAGAAUAUGGGUCACUAUACUAGUUUAGAUA